UUCAUAAAGCAAAUUAUACAUUUUUGUGGAUGAGUAAGACUUUAUCUUAAGUCUUUAUUGUAUUAGCCUUUAUGAAGUAUUUUAGAGCUUCAUAUAUGCCUUGCAAAUUCACAUUAUAAUGCAUUGUAUGGAUAAUUGUAACCACAGUUAUAAUACAUUGUGCUACACAUUUACCAUGUAUAAUGCAUUAAAACAGAUGUAACAAGGAAUCAACAAAUAUAAUGGAUUUUAACGUGGUUACAAUUAUUUAUGAAAAGAUAUAAUGCAUUACAAUGUAUAUUAUGAAUACCUUUAUAACACAUUAUACAUAAAAACUUAAAGUAAAGUUUUACACUUGUGUCUUAAAAUCAGUACAUUCUCAUUCAAACACUUCAAGAACUAAAAUAUCCUGCUACAACUGUGACGAAGUUACUGAUCAGUAGAAGCAGUAUUAUCAGCCACAAUAAAUUAUAAAGCAUAUAGCUAACAUUAGUAGUUAUAAACAGCCUUUAACAUUAAAUAGAUGGUUUAUUUUUUUCAAAGAAUGAAAGGAGGCUGGAAUUUAUAUUAUUAAAGUUCGUAUGUUCUUUGUCAGGUAACCAGGAGAUGGCAUGUGUUUGGUUAGGCAUGGAUGGUAUUGAAUAAAAGGAGAGAAGCGUGCUAAAGGUUGUUUUGAAUAUCAAUAUUAUGGUGUUAACAUUACUUUGUCUCAUUUCACAUGCAUGUGUUUAAAAAAUCUGUCAAAUAUCCUUUAGAUACUCCUGUCGUGCAUUUUUUUUUUUCUACCUACAUCAUUAAUGAAUUAAAGUAUAGGCCUGCAAUGUUUUUAUGCCAGGGUUUCCACUCUUCUUCUUGUGCCAGAUUUUAUUGAUAACGUUAGAUUAAUCGAAUGAGGUUCUGUGGUUAGCCCGCUUCCGGUGUAUUUACUGUUAUCUUCAGGAGAACGCAGCUUUCCUUGUCAUUUGUUUUUGAAGCCACAUGUAAGAAUAUUUGUAAUGUGCCACUUGAACUCAGUGGGUCGCUAUUGACCAAGUAUGCGAUAGCCUGUGUGACUGUCAUUGUAAUACUUUAAAUCACGACACACCUUUUUCACACGCAUCAUUGUAUACGGUCUGUGGGCUGAUGUAAACAUCACAGUGGAUUGUGGAGGCUGGAUUUAACAUUAACUGAAACAAGCAAUGGCAAUAAUAUUCGGAUUAUUUCCUUGGUCGACGUGCAUCGCUUUCAUUUUACUGUUUAUGCGCAAAAGUAAUGGGGAUUUGAGCUACUCCAUACCAGAGGAGAUGAAACAAGGAUCGAUAAUCGGAAAUAUUGCGAAGGAUCUUGGUCUUGAAACCGAUGGGCUACUAUCACGAAAAGCUCGGUUAGACACGGAAGAAUAUGGAAAUCGUUUUUGUGAGAUCAACCCGCAAAAAGGGGAAUUUAUUGUGGCGGAGAGGGUCGACCGAGAGGAAUUGUGCGGUUCAAAAGCAUCAUGUGUCUUGAAAUACGACCUAGUUCUAGAAAACCCGCUAGAGCUGCAUCGCAUAUCAGUGAAAAUAGAGGAUAUAAAUGACAAUUCACCGCGAUUUCCUAAUGAACUAAUAAAACUUGAAAUUGGCGAAUCUGUGGGCACAGGAACACGUUUCCCCCUGGAGGAGGCGCAUGAUGCGGAUGACGGUCAAAACGGUAUUCAGAAUUAUUCACUUGAGAAAAACGAACACUUUUCUUUAUCAGUUCACUCGACUGCCGAUGGAGGAAAAUAUGGCGAACUGAUACUGCAAAAAGAACUAGAUCGUGAACAAAAGAAGAAUAUGGAUUUGGUUCUUACUGCAGUCGAUGGUGGAACUCCACGGAGAUCCGGGACUGCUGUAAUUCAUGUCAUUGUCCUAGAUGCAAAUGAUAAUGUGCCUGUAUUUACUCAGCCUGUUUAUAAAGCCAGCAUUUUAGAAAACUCUCCUUUAAAUACCAUUGUAAUCAAAGUAAGCGCUGUAGAUGCUGACGAAGGAGUGAAUGGGGAUGUCAUGUAUGAAUUUAGCCAAAUUUCAGAGAAGGCUUCCAGACUUUUUUCUAUAGGUAAGACCAGUGGAGAAAUUACAGUGAUUGGACCGAUAGAUUUCGAAGAUAAAAACAGUUAUGAGAUACGUAUUCAGGCCAAGGAUGGUUCUGGCUUGGCUUCUAAUUCAAAAGUUGAAAUCGAUAUAAUCGAUAUUAAUGACAACACUCCUGUUAUACAUUUGAAAUCUAAUGAUAUUCAAAUCCCUGAAAAUGUGGAACCUGGCACUGAAGUGGCUAUUAUAAAUGUUCAGGAUAAAGACACGGGGGAUAACAAAAAGGUUUAUUGUACUAUUCAAGAAAAUGUCCCUUUUAAGCUAAAUCCGUCUAUUAAAAAUUAUUACACAAUUGUCACAACGGGCCCUCUGGAUCGCGAACUUAACAGCUAUUAUAACAUAACUCUAGUGGCUACUGAUGGAGGAACCCCACCGUUAUCAUCCUCCAAAAUAAUACACUUUUCAGUUUCUGAUAUCAAUGACAAUGCCCCUGUAUUUGAGCAGCAGUCCUACAGUGCUUAUAUAAGAGAAAAUAACAAAGCAGGCACCUCUGUUUGUUCUGUCAGUGCAAAUGACCCAGACUGGAGACAGAACGGGACUGUACUGUACUCUCUGGUACCCAGUGAAGUCAAUGGGAUCCCAGUGUCCUCAUUUCUAUCUGUUAAUGGAGAUACAGGGGUGAUUCAUGCUGUAAGAUCAUUUGACUAUGAGCAGUUCAGAAACUUCAGUGUCAAAGUUGUUGCCAGAGACAAUGGUUCUCCUCCUCUCAGCAGUAACCUGACUGUGAAAGUCUUCAUAACAGAUGAGAAUGAUAACUCUCCACAGAUAUUAUACCCUGUUCCAGAUGGAAAGUCUUUAAUGACUGAAAUGGUCCCUAAAGCGACUCUCUCGGGCUCUCUGGUCUCCAAGGUGAUCGCUGUAGAUGCUGACUCUGGACAGAACGCAUGGCUGUCCUAUCAGAUCUUGAAAUCUACUGAUCCGGGACUUUUCACCAUUGGUCUCCAUAGUGGAGAGAUCAAAACACAACGAGACAUUUCUGAAUCUGACAAUAUGAAGCAGAAUCUUGUUAUUUCAGUGAAGGAUAACGGGCAGCCCUCUCUGUCCACAACCUGUGCUGUGAAUUUACUGAUUUCUGACAACCUUUCUGAAGUUCCUGAACUUAAAGAUAUGACUUAUGAGGACAACAACUCUAAAUUAACAUCAUACUUGAUCAUUGCAUUAGUUUCUGUGUGCACCUUCUUCCUGACGUUCAUCAUACUGAUCUUGGCAGUGAAGUUUUGUCACAGGAGAAAGCCCAGACUGUUGUUUGAUGGAGCAGUUGCUGUUCCCAGCGCCUAUCUGCCUCCCAACUAUGCAGAGGUGGAUGGAGCAGGAACUCUCCGCAGCUCCUACAAUUAUGACGCGUAUCUAACCACAGGCUCGCGUACAAGUGACUUUAAAUUUGUGAGAUCAUAUAAUGAAAACACGCUUCCUGCUGGUGGGACUCUGAGAAAGGAAGACAAUAUUCAGUUUGGCUCGAGCAUGAUAACACUAGAUGUUACAGGAAAUGAAGAUGAGCAAAAGCCACCUAACUCUGACUGGCGAUUUCCUCCAAACCAGAGGCCCGGACCAAGCGGUACACACAGGUUCCACACCCUGCAGCAGAGAUGGACUCCAUACGAGAAGUCCAGGGCUGGAGUGCGUCCUGACGAGGCAGGUGCCGGCGCUGGUGUGAUAGCGGGAACAGGACCGUGGCCCAACCCCCCUACCGAAGCUGAACAGCUCCAGGCUCUGAUGGCGGCAGCGAACGAAGUAAGUGAAGCCACUGCAACUCUCGGCCCUCGCUACAAUCCACAGUAUGGCCCAGACUACCGCCAGAAUGUCUACAUCCCGGGUAGUACCGCCACCCUCACGGCCAACCCUCAGCAACAGGUACCCCAGCAGGCCCUUCCCCCUCCCCAGGCCCUUCCCCCCGCCGAAGUCCCCAAAGCAGCUCAGACACCCGCCAGCAAGAAGAAGCCCACCAAGAAAGACAAGAAGUAAGACACAUGGAAGCACUAUCAGAGCUGCAGAAAUACAGUGCCGGGAUCUGAGCAUCUCUCCUCACAAAGCGUCUCCACGGGUUUGGUUAAAGAUUUAGAUUUAAUGCUUAUGUCUGUGAGGUUUUUGUUUGUUUGCUUUAGGUUUACCCUUUUUAAUUUAUUGGAUUUUGAAUUCUAUGAUGAUGUAUUACUCAAUAACCCCCCAAAAAACAAGCAUUCCCUGUCCUGUCGCUGAAAUGGAACAGUAAACGACUGAACGAGAGGAGGUGUGUUCAGAUUCCUGAAGCUCGUUCUUCGACAGAUAACUCUGUCCUGUAAAUAGCAUUACUAAAACAAGAAGAAAACAUACAUUUCUUCUUUUAUUUUUUUUUUUCCAGAUGUCAUGUUUUAGGCUUUCUGUGUUCUUUUCAAAGCAAAGUAGAUGCUUCUUGUGGUCACAAAAUGAAACGCUGUUAGGCUUUUUAACAAUGUACCACAACUCUCACCUUGACUGAAAAAAAAUGAGUGUUGAGCUGAACUAUGCAUUGCAAAGAGGAUACUGUAAAACAAGGGGACACGUUAAAGUAUAUUUAGAUUGUUUUCGGAAUAAGAGAAUAGAUUUACAUUUGUCUAAAACCAGACGGUGAGACACUGGACUGUUGGCCUGGUAUUUAAAAAUAGAUUCAGUCUUCUCAUUAACUUCUUAAUAGCCAGUUAAGCAGAGCUGAAUGUUAGGUUAACACCGUUUGACUAUUCUUUGCUAUAACUUUCUGUUAGUGUGGUAUAAGAAUCCUUUGGAAUCGCAAGUAAUGUAAACAGUGUUUUUAAAGCUCAGAAAAGAAAAUCUCAGCCUUUGUAAGGUCAAGAUCAGAGAUUGAUUUAGGUCAAAGUGAAUGUGCUAAAGAGUUUGAGUCGGUGAAAAACAUGAAGUGCACCGAAAAAGAAAGAAACAAUGAAUAUGUGGAAAGACUAAUGACUAACUUAAGCACAACACUGUACUUGAAUGGAUCUUAGAUGGAAGGAUUCCGUCCUUUAUUCUGCACCAACCACCACCACAGUGUAUAUAAAAUGUGUAACCUGUCUGUACAAACAUUAGAGCCACAAGGGCUGGCUGUUACAGGAAUGUUUCAGUAUUUUUUAAAAAAAAGCAACAAAAAAGACAAUAGAAAAAAAGAAAAAAAGAAAAAAAAAAGAUCCAAUGUAGUGUUGUAGGAAGAAAACCUGCAAGAUCAUUGACUAACCAAACUGUACAUACUACGAAACUUCUGAAGACACGCAAUCGUAGCUUAAGGCUUGUGGAUUAUGUGCAUAUUUUUGUGUUUUUCCCCUUUGAUUACACUUUCUUUCCUUUUCUCCAGUCACCUAAAACUUUGAAAGAUAACAGACGAUACUUACUGUCAUUAGAGUACCACCCCUCCCCACAUCUUACUGUACUUUUCUGUGCUUGUAAUUCCAAUCAGUCGGUAAUGAUACUGGAAUGCCACUCCUGUCUGUUUGACUAUGAAUAUCUAUCUAUAUAUAUAAAUGUCUGUCUGCUGCUUGGCUACCUUUCUGUAUUUGACUGUGAUUCCUUUUAAGAAAUGCUUAGCACCUCAUGUUACCCUUUUUAUUUUACAAGCUAAUAUUUAUAUCACUGUUGAUUUAUGUUUUACUUUAUUAUUGGAACACUUACAUUUGAAAUAAAAUUUUGUCAGAACUCACA